AUGUUUUAAAUCAUAAUUUUAUAAUAUUAAAAAAAUGAAUAAAAUAAACGAUAAAUUAAUAAUUAAAUUUUUAUUUUAUAUAUUUUGAAUAUUCCAAUUGGUAAUUACUAAAGCUAUUAUAUUUUUAUUAAUUAAAAAUUUAUUUUAAAAGAAAAAAAGAAAAUAUAUUAAAAUUAUUAUUUUUAUAAAAUUAAAUUUCAGAAAAUUUUUAUUUUAAUAAUUAUUUAAUAUAAAUAAAAUAUAAAUUUUUUAUUAUUAUUUCUUAUUUUAUACUUUUACGUAUAUUUUUAUUUUUUAUAAUUUUUAAUUAUUUUCCUUAAAUGUUUAAUAAUAAUAAUUAAUAGUAAGGUCAAGCUAGUAGUUGCUUAGAAGAUAUUUAAAAGUGGUGGGUAGCUCUUCCAUUUGGAACAAAAUCAAUAUUUAUAAUAACAAUUGGAUUAUAUAUAAUCAGUUUUUUUUAUUUAAAUAUUGCAUUUCUAAUAGUAGACAUACCUUUUUAUGUAAUUUAUAAAUUUCAAAUAUGGAGAAUAUUAUUUGCUUAGUUUAUUUCGUUUGAUAUAAUAACGAUUAUAUUUAGUCUGUAUUCUAUUCAUUUUACAUGUGUAUCUCUUGAAUAAAAAAUGGGAUCAGUAUAUUUUAUUCUUGAUUUUAUGUUAAAGAACAUAUUUGUAUAAAUAAUAUUUAUAUUAUUAAGCUUUACAUUAGAUUUAUUAAUUGGAGGAAAAUGGUUACAAAUGCCAUCUUUAGGUCUUUGGAAUAUAGUCAUGGUAUAUAUAACUUUAAGAUCUUUAUCAGAUCCAGAAAACAGUUCAUUUUUUUUAUGUUUUCCAAUUUAAAUAAAAAACAAAUAUUAUCCUUUUGCUAUAUUUCUGUUCUUUUCGCUUAUUUCUGGCUUUUAAACUAUUGAUAUGCUGUGCGCUAUUUUGGAAGGAUUUCUUGAAGUGAAAUUAUUUAAUGGAAUGUAUUUGAAGCUUUCUAAAGAAAAAAUUGAAUCUAUUUAAUUAUCAAUAUUUUUUAGAAAUUUUUUAAAUAGAGUUGAUUUUAUUAAGCCAGAUAAUAAUAAUUUAAAUAAUUAAUAAUAAAUUAAUUCUUAAACUGCUUUUACUGGAAGUUCUGUAUUAAUUGGAGGUAAUAUUUAAUCUUAAUAAUAGUAAUAGUAAGGAAAAUAAGUUAUUAUUGGGCCUCCUCCUUAAUAAAA